AUAGCCACUUUUAAGAUCCAAAGUGCUAAAAAAUGAUGCACCAUACAUUGAUUCAACGAUGUCCUGAAUUUGUGGCAUGGGGAAUCCAUCUAAAGGUGUCUUGGCAUUCAAAGACCUAUAAUCAAUACAGAAACGUAGGGUACCAUCUUUCUUAGGGACAAGAACUAUGGGAGCUGCCCAUGGAGAAGUUGAUGGUCUGAUUAUACCUUUUUCCAACAUGCUGGAAACUUCCUGAUCAAUAAAUUGCUGUUUGGAUAUAGAAACUGGAUAGGCCCGUUUACGUACCGGAUUCUCAUCAAUGGUGUUAACCUGAUGGCGGAUCACAGCAGUUUGUCCAAGAGAGUCAGUGCAGACUGUUGGCCGACCCAGCAUAAGUGCCUCCAGCUGCCUUUUCUGGGUAUUGGAAACAUCAGCUCGACUGGACAAAUCUUUAAUUGUUGCUAAGGUGGUAGGGGAUACUUGUAUUAAAGUUAAUGCCAGAUGUAGACUAAUUGCUGCAAAAGAUGUAUAGGGCACAAACGGAUGCUUUACUUCGGUCUCUUCAGGUAGAGUGUAAGUCCAUCAUAAACUCCAGGCCAAGUAUUAUAGGUAAAGUCAAAUCGUGAUCUUUCAUCACAAAGGCUUUGAAUGCAUAUUGAUGUCCAUUAAGUAUACACUUCCACACUACCUUUCCUAGGGCUGUCUGCACAUGACCAUUUGCUAAUGAAACGGUCUGUCCCUUACAGGACUGCAACAUCUCAGAGCUGGGUCUUCAAUCUUUUCCAGCAAGAUUCUUGUAGUAAAUAGUAAGUGCUACCUGUAUCUAAAAUUGCUUGACAUCUAUAGUUAUGGACUGUAAUCAUCAAAGUUAGUGGGACAAGUGGUUUCUCCAUACCUCAGACUUGCUCAUUGGGGGAUAAAUACAUACACAUUGUGAACUAUAGAUACCUAAUAAUAAUCUUGAAUUUUUAUGUUUUCUUUAUAUUGCUCCUUAUGUUUACCUUCUGUUCUAUGUUUAUGUUCUGUAAAGCUGCUUUGAGACAAAGUCUAUUGUAAAAAGCACUGUACAAAUAAACUUGAAUUGAAUUGAAUUGAAUCUCCUGACAUGACUGCAAUGUGGUGGUUCAACUGUCGGCCAUUUGCUCCUUUAUUAUUGUCAUUUGACUUCGCCUGAUGCUCUGCUUGUCUUUGUCUCCAGUUUGCUCUCUCCUCACUAAUAUCCCUUUCUACUAGAGUACCCACACGGACUAACUCGUCAACUGUAGAGACAGUGCCUCUAGGUAUACUAGCAACACGUGGAUUAUAGUUCCUGAGUGUGGCUUGUAGUAUUUCACGUUCUGACACGGAUGGCUUCAAUCAUAGGCAUAAAGCAUGAUAAAGGUAAAUAAAGGUCCUAAUAUUUUCAUCCACAGCUUGUUUUCGUUCUCUACUUCGUCUUUCAACCUCUAGUUCAUGGUCGUCAGGUAAGACAGAUUGCAUAAAGACCCUCUUGAAUUGACUCCAAUUUCUUGCCCUCUUUCGCUCUGCAAUCCACCAGUUCUUGGCUGUAUGAGUUAAAACAGAAGGCAACAGAGGUUGAACUGCAAGGAAUUCAUCACAUUUUUCAAUGUAAGAAAUAGGGUCUUCUCCCUCUAAACUGCCAAACUUGGGAAAUUCCAGCUUAAUUGGAGUUUUAAAAUGUACAGGGUAAGUUGGACUUUCUGGUGUUCCAGGGGGAUUGAAACGUGGAGUAGAUGUUACAGUACGGUAAUAUUGAAUUAAUGAUUUCAGCUGACUAUCCCUCCAUGCCAUACGUUACUCCAUUGUUGCUUGUCCUACUUUUUGUAUGCUCAUUUCCAAGGUUUCGUUUACCUGUUGGCAUUCAGCCUUGAUCUCAGUGGGUAGGGUUUCCUCCAACUGCUGUAUCCUUUGAUGAUGAUGCCGUUGCUGAGUUAAAAGUUCUGCACCUGCACUUCCAACCCACUCUUAAUGCUGGUUUUUUUAUCCAUACCUUGCUGUAAAUCCAUAGAGAAUACUCCAAAUGAUUGUUCCAACUCGUGCAUUCUAUGUUCCAACUUACUCACCCUUAACUCAAAACUGGUAGUGGUUAUAGUGGUAACAGGGAAACUGUUAAAAUACUAUGAACUUUCUUCCUUUCUUUCUUUCUUUCUUUCUUUCUUUCUUUCUUUCUUUCUUUCUUUCUUUCUUUCUUUCUUUCUUUCUUUCUUUCUUUCUUUCAGUGAAGUGUCUUCACUGGUUUUAGUGAUGGUUAUGGAAGUCCUAAGAGGUCUGUUAUUUUUCCCUUUAACUAAAACAAACAAUUAAAAAACUUUGGGUAUGCAAGACCCAAGACCUGCCCACUGCUGCCAUCAGCCCAAGUUUGUACUCUUAGUGAAGUGAAGCUGUAAAGCUACAGUAGACAGAGAUGUUCUGUACAACUGACUGCUCCAGAAUUUGUAGCUACAGUUUGAAGAAACACAUACGGGUGUGAUGUUCAGGGGGCACAUACUUUUGGCCAUAUAAUGUAUCCUAGUAAGAAACAAAACAUAUCCCUUCAUCUUUAAUUAAAGGAACAAUUUUCUGCACAUUUCUGAGUAAACAGGAUAGAAGGACACACAUAAUGUGUAGAACAUCCAUGAUGCUACAGUCCCAGUGACCAGGACAUGUGAACUUACCUGAAACAGGUGCAGCUUUUUCACAUGAUGCUAUUUCAUUCUAAUUUCUGUCUUAGAGUCAUGGAGAGCGUGCGUAAGAACAAGGUCGAUCUGAUCACCAUUCUGUCCUCCGAUGUCAACAUCUGUUUACAACACGCUGAGAGCAAGGAAAUCAUCACCAGGCGUGACUACAAGAACCUUAACCAUCCAAACCACACUCAAGAGAAGAUCAUCAUUAACCUUCUGGAUAACCUGAUGAACAAAGGUGACGAGAUGUGCUGUAAAUUCAUGAAGCUGCUGGAGGAAGAAGAGUUUCAGGAGAUUUUCCCUCAGCUGAAGAAGCUAUUCACACCUGAUUCAAACACUGCAGUCACAGUCCCUGAAAAGGUUCCAGAAACUGCAGUCCCAGUCCCUCAAGAGGUCCCAGAAACUGCAGUCCCAGUCCCUCAAGAGGUCCCAGAAAUUGCAGUCUCAGUCCUUCAAGAGGUCCCAGAAACUGCAGUCUCAGUCCCUGAAGGGAUUGGAGAGUAUAAAAUGUCCAGCAUGCCUCGUGGUGUGUGCCUGAUCAUCAACAACAUGAAGUUUGAUCAGCCACGUCGGGGAUCUGAGAAAGAUGAAGAGUCUCUCACAAAAGUCUUUGAAUGGCUGGGCUUCACGGUGGAGGUCUACAGGGACCAAACCACAGAACAGAUGAAGGACAUCUUUGGGAAAUACAGGAACCAAACGCAUGAAGGCGACUGCUUCGUGUGCUGCAUCCUCAGCCAUGGCAACUCUGACGGGGUUCAAGGAACAGACGGAGAGGUCGUCCGAGGAUCUGAUAUCUUUGACCAGUUUAACGGAAACUCCUGCCCAAGUCUCAUCAAUAAGCCCAAAGUGUUCAUCAUCCAGGCCUGCCGUGGAAAGCAGUACCAUCAACAGGUUAAAGUCCAGUCAGAUGGCCACGUGGAAGAGAAUGCAGGAGAGGAGAAAGCAGAAGACGAAGAAGAAGAAGAAGAAGAAGAAGAAGAAGAAGAAGAAGAAGAAGAAGAAUUAGAAGCUGAUGCUGUGCAGAUCACUAUUCCCGCUGGAGCUGAUGUCCUGGUGGCCUGGUCUAGCGUUAAAGGCUACCUCUCCUUUAGGAAGCCUUCUGGUUCCUGGUUCAUCCAGUGUUUGUGUGAACAGUUAAAAAUGUCCUGUCAGAGGGGUGAAGACAUCCAAUCCAUCCUUCUGAAGGUCAAUGAUGAAGUCAGUCAAAAAGCUGAAAGAUACAAGAAUAAGGAUGCCAAACAGAUGCCAGAGCAAAAGGUCACCCUGAGAAAGAAGCUGGUGUUCCGUGUGCCGCAGUAGAACAUGUUUAUAACCAACACAGCAGAACCUUACAACAUGACCACCACUUUACUGCUGAUGAUAAAAACACCACAACAGAAAUCUACAACAAUAAUGGGCCUCAUUUAUCAGUCCUGUAGGAAAGCUGUGUGUAAAUGUUUGCACAAAUCAUCGAUUCUCAUGAAAUUAUAAUAGAUUAAGAAAUCGUCUUGUUUUCUUCUGUAAGUUACGAGACACACUGCAGCUCACGUGCCCUAGUCCACACCCACAAAACUCCAUCAAACAACACAAACAUUUCUUCUUAUUUUAAUGAUUGAACUUAUUUGUCUUUAUCUAUGGAUUUAUGUUGGCUUGCUUUCUUUCAUUCUAAAUGUUUAAUAUAUACUUUGUUCAUGCCAUUAAUAUCAACAUUUUUGUGUAAAUCAAAUUAAACCUAACAUUAGUCUUACACAAAUAUACAGACUCAGGGAAAGGAAACAAAUGUGUAAAUUCUCCUGUCAUUAAAUCUGUAUGAUAAAUGCGGCCUAAUCUCAGGAAAGUACAAUAACUUAAAUUACAAUAAUAAAGUGAGGCACAAAUGACUUCUUUUUUAGAAUAAACAAACUUUUUAAACUUUUAUAAUUUUUAUUCUGUAUUUCUGUGAAGCUUCUGUGUGACAUUGUUCACUGUUUAAAUGAUCCAUCAGACACGAGAUGUGUCACACUGUGGGACUCGACAAUGACAAUAAACAACAACUUGUGAGAAUGGUGGAUAGAAUGGAUGAUAAAGGAAAUGAAUGGGUAACUUUAUUCUCAUUAGAUAAACCUUAUCAAUGCUAUUUAACUUCAAAACCCUGCUCUCAUAUUCCCAUACAAAAGAAAAGUGACAGUAAGGCUACAGGUACUAGUAAACGUAGAGCUACUGUAGGAGAAAAAGAAAAAGAGAAGCAAAAAAGAAGAGAAUCUAAAAAACAGUAGAAGAAAUAAAACAACUGUUGAAUAAAAUAAAGAAAAUGAAGCUUGAGGAAUGAAGAAAUCAAUGGAUGAAGAAGACAACGAGGGAUCAGACGCUGUACCGAGACAGCUGGAAGAAGAUUCCCAAAGAAAGGAGUAUUAUAAUGCAUCAUGUUUCAUUAUGUUUUAUUUUCAGACAUUCAAGAGAAUUCUGAAAUGCUUUACUUUUUAUUAUAAUCAUGUAUUCUCCUGUACUAGAACUGAUAAGAUUAAUAUUGCUUAUUUUGACUGUAAACUAAGAUGAAAGCUGUUUCUUGUAGUGAAAGCUUAUGAAACCCACUGUGUAUUCGCUGGGAGUAAUCUGCAUGUGAAGUGUUUUAAUCUGCAUGUGAAGUGUUUUAAUCUGCAUGUGAAGUGUUUGCUGUCGAAUUCGGCGGCAAGAGAAAGUUUCAGUCAUAUAUAAUCACAGCCUGACAGCUGCAGGAAGUUAACUGUAACCAUAUAACCAUAUAUAGAAGUGUUAAUCUUGAAGAUAAGGAAAAACAUUAGUAGCACACAGAGUCGCUGACGAGAAAUGUUUGGGAGUCGAGAUUUUGGCUGUCGAGAAAACCCAAAGGGGCCACAACUGAUAACGAAAUUCAACUGGCAACAGUAAUGAUACAGAAUGUAUAAAAGAUUGUCCUGAAUUACAUUGUGUGCAUUCUAUUGUAAACAGCCUUAGUGCAUGUUAUACUCUGGGUGCAUCAUAGAACACUUGGAGAGUGUUUCUUGGUUUGUUAUAAUCUUUGCAUCUUAACUACUUUUACUUAUUAAUGAUAACUUAUACUGUUUGAUUAUUUGAAGGAGAUUUUAUUUGUAAUUUUUAUUUUACAUAUAUUACACACAUUU